GUGAUCGUUGCCGUUUAGGUAACCCGCGCAUGUAGCGUCCGCGAUGAUACGCCACCUUUAGUUCGAAUAAUGUAGAGACAAUUUUAACACCUCAAUGUGACCUCUAACGUAACCUGAAUGGAAUAGUGAUGUGAAUUAGUACAACUGUAGUGCGGUAAAAAUACGCAAAGUUUUGCAAGUCGUUCCCCUUGCGUAGAUUUUUGUAUUAUUCAUAAAACUAUUAUUGAGGAUACUCAUGUAAUAAAUCUAAUAAUUUUUCCUGUACGGUAUAUUACAAAUAAAGAAAAUGUCUAGAAGAAGAAUUAUUGCAAGUGGAGUAGCUGGUGUUGCGGGUGCAGCCUUAGCCGUGUGGGCCUUCUCCGCCGAUGACUCUCCGGUUAACUGGUACUCAGCAGCAACGGUGUCAGCAAAGACUGUACGCAAGAAGCGUCCUCUGCCAACCAGAACAGAACAAGUGGCCAAUCUCCAAGCUGGGCACACGUACGAUUUGCUCAUCAUUGGAGGCGGCGCCACGGGAGUUGGGUGUGCACUCGAUGCAACAACUAGAGGUCUCCGAACAGCCCUAGUAGAAGCAGACGAUUUUGCAAGCGGUACAUCCAGUAGAAGUACGAAGCUCAUCCAUGGUGGAGUCAGGUACCUGCAAAAGGCCAUCAUGCAGCUCGACUAUGACCAGUACAAGAUGGUUAAAGAGGCUCUGCACGAGCGCGCUAAUAUGCUGGAAGUCGCACCACACUUGACUAGGCCCCUGCCUAUUCUUCUACCAGUAUACAAAUGGUGGCAAGUACCGUAUUAUUGGUUCGGUAUUAAAAUGUACGAUUUCGUUGCCGGCGACAGAAACGUUAAGAAUUCUUAUUAUUUAUCGAAGAAGAAUACUCUUGAGUUGUUUCCAAUGUUGAAAUCGGAUAAUCUAUGCGGAGGAAUUGUCUAUUAUGAUGGACAACAAGACGACGCUCGAAUGAACUUAGCGAUUGCACUGACGGCCGCCCGUCACGGCGCCACCAUUGCUAACCACGUCAGCGUCACCAAACUAUACAAGGUAGCCGGGAAACUGAGCGGAGCUAGACUGAAGGACGAGUUAUCCGGCAAGGAAUGGGACGUGCAAGCAAAGUGCAUUAUCAACGCAACCGGCCCAUUCACGGACAGCAUCAGGAAAAUGGACGAUCCCAAAAUCAAAGAUAUCUGCUGUCCAUCUUCAGGAGUACAUAUUGUGUUACCCGGAUAUUACAGCCCUGAACACAUGGGCCUGCUAGACCCGGCAACAUCCGACGGCCGCGUCAUCUUCUUCUUGCCGUGGCUGAAGGGUACCAUCGCCGGAACAACGGACCUGCCCUGCCAAGUCACCCACAACCCUAAGCCCACUGAAGACGAAAUCAUGUUCAUCCUUAGCGAAGUCAAGAACUAUUUGAAUCCGGACGUUGAAGUCCGGCGCGGUGAUGUAUUGUCCGCGUGGUCUGGGAUCCGGCCGCUGGUGUCGGACCCGAACAAGCCGGACACGCAGUCCCUGGCGCGGAACCACAUCGUGCACGUGUCGCCGUCCGGCCUCGUCACCAUCGCGGGCGGCAAGUGGACCACGUACCGGUCCAUGGCCGCCGAGACCAUAGAUGCCGCUGUGGAAAGUGCAAAUCUCAAACCAAUCUUCAGGGACAGCCAGACUGAUGGAUUCUUAAUAGAGGGAGCCCACGGAUGGACUCCUACUAUGUACAUCAGAUUGGUGCAAGAUUUCGGAUUGGAGAUGGAAGUCGCCCAACAUUUGUCGAAGUCGUAUGGGGACAGAGCGUUUGCUGUUGCCAAGAUGGCGACCAUGACCGGGAAGAGAUGGCCAAUCAUCGGAAAGAAAAUACAUCCUGAGUUCCCGUAUAUAGACGCUGAGAUUCGGUACGGAGUCCGUGAAUAUGCCUGCACAGCUAUAGAUAUGAUAGCUAGACGACUUCGUCUCGCCUUCCUCAACGUUCAAGCGGCCGCCGAAGCACUGCCCGUUGUCGUUGACAUCAUGGCCGAGGAACUCAACUGGAACGAGGCUGAAAAGAAGCGUCAAAUUAAAAUGGCAAACGAAUUCCUUGCAAACGAAAUGGGCCAGAUGGUGAACCGAGCUAGUCGCGACAAGAUCCCCAUCAACCUGAGCAAGGAGGAGAUACAGACGUACAUCAAACGCUUCCAGAUCAUAGACAAGGAUCGGAAGGGAUUCGUGUCUAUUAACGACAUUCGGAGGAGUCUUAAGAACUACGGCGAGGAAGUGACCGGCGAGCAACUCCACGAGAUCCUACGCGAGAUCGACACAAACAUGAACGGUCAAGUUGAACUCGACGAGUAUCUACAGAUGAUGUCGGCCAUUAAAUCUGGUCACGUGGCGUACUCGCGUUUCGCUCGAAUGGCCGAGAUGGAGGAGGAGCAUCAUGAAAGGGAAACCCUCAAAAAGAAGAUCACCGUAGAGAGGAGCGGCGGUGGACUGUAAAUGAAUCUUUAGCGCACUUAGAUCAUCGCACCGUUAUGGAAGCUUAACGUGAUUUCACAAACAACUUAGUAUUAUUAUUUAUUUGUCAAUACGUAAUAAUAACCUAAUGGUAGUUAUUUACGUCUUUUAUUCUAGGUUCUUGAAGAGAUUGAACAAAGACAUGAGAUUUUUUUGUUGUAAAUUUGUACAUGUUUUAUUUUGUAACUUGCACUCACAUUUACCAAAACGUGAUUGCUUAUUGUGAGUUUUUUAAAUUAAUUUACUAGUAGAAUGUUUUUUUGUUGUUGUUUUUUUUGUAAAUAAAAGACAUGUUAAUUUUCGUUGGCGAAAAAUGACAACGACUGUAGUUAAGAUGCACUCGAUCCUAUUCGAUUAUAUUAAAUUAAAUUUACGAUUCCUAAAACGCACUUUUUAGUCAAAAUUUUUAUUACAAUAGAAGAAUUUCAAUGUGGCGAACCACAAUUGAGCUUGAUUCUUAUAAAAAUAUACACAUUAAAUCAGAUAAGAAAUUAAUAAACAACUUUAAUGUAUUAUUAUAGAUAAUAGAUACUCGUUUCAUGCAUUAUGUACGCAAAAUUGGAACGAGACUGCGAAUUUUCGAAAACAAAAUGCUUUAUGUUAUUAACAGAAUUUAUAAUAUACCCAAAAAAGCCACUGCUAACGGAAAAACGAAAGAAAUUAGUGAUUUCGUUCGUACAAACUGCCUUACUGACAUUAAAAACAUACACUUUAAGACAAAAUUGCACAUUGUCUUUCUAUGUCACUUUCUACUUCAUGAAUUUGACUAAAUUAUUUGUACCUUUUUUAUAAUAAAUUAUUUUUAACGCAUAAAAAUGAAUCACAAAUGUAACGUGCAAUAAAUUAAAUCAUU